CGAGCGUUGUAAGAUUGCAAUUGGUGCUCUUUCCAUUUUUGACAGUUCGUUCCUCAUCGAGAGUAACACCUGAAGGAAUAAUUGCUAAUUUCUGGGAAUCUUCUCUUCUAACGAUGGAGAAAGCGGAUAGCAUUGUUUCCUGCCUUGGUAUUUGCUGUUUGAUUCUAGUGUCCUGCCCACCGAAUUUAAGUGGAAGGGCAACGAAGUUUAAACAACUUGGACAAGAAAAAAGCUCGUUCACAAAAUUCCGCUCGAUGUAUUUUAAACGCCGACAAAUUUCUCAAGAUGCCGGACAUUUUCCACCAAAAUAUGAGGCUCACCAAUCGGAAGCACGGAACAUUACACCUGUUUCUUUGUUGAACGGAGAAAGAAGCAAUUUACUCGGCUACGAAGCAAAAAGAGUGCGGCGAAAUAUCAGUCCUUCGCCAGCAAUUUACGAGACCUGUCUUUACACAACUCUUCCGCUUAGUUCCCGAUCGAAUAUCAUCUGGUGGUUUCCUCCCGUUGAGCCAACUGUCAAGCCUUCUGGGUAUCUUUGCCCGCAAGGUCACGUGUAUGACAUCUAUAUUCAAGACUGCCGCCUUGGUAUCUCUGCGUCUGAUUUUGGUAAAAGAAUCCUUUUUAUUGAAUUUCAUAUCUUAGUUCAACGUCCCAUGCUUGGAAAUGAGACCACCGUAAAACAAGCAAUAACCGACCAGUUGAGCAUCCAUGGCGCAUCAGUUAAUGUCAUCAGAAUCGGAAAAUUCCCCGGCGGUCAUUGUGUUCAAGUAAUUGUCAACCUCGAUCAACGCUAUUUUUCUUUACAAAGCCUCAAGAGUGCAAUCAGCUCUCCUUCUAUGGGUUCCCUCAUUUUUAGGGAAAUCCACAGUAAUUUCUCUUGUCCUCUUAAAAAGAUCUUCAUGCCUGAUGAAUAUACAGUUGAUGGAGAUGAAGUAACUGUCACAGCUACUGGAGAAACGUAUCAAGAAAAUGACUUUUACUCGCCCCGAACUGCAUUGAAGAAUGGGACUUACCUUCCUGUUGGUGUCCUUACAGUCUGCAAACAACCCUCUAUAAACUGUUCCGGAGUCUUUAUUGGAUUAACAAAAGACAGUUAUUCUCUCUCAUCAGGAGGUUCUCUCUAUCGAAACACAUCCAAAGAUUUCAUCGAGCCUGGACUAUUUCAGGUGAUAGAUGGAACGGCUUGGGUUUGCGUGAACUACUCUUCAAGUGUCCUAAGCCAUUUUCGUACUGGAACAAUUAAAAAUGUGGUUUUAGUGAUAAUCACAUAUGUUGGUCGCUCUAUCUCGAGUUUCGGUUUUUUGUCAGUCUUAGUGACGUACUCACUUUUUAAACAACUUCGAACUUUUACCGGAAUCAAUUUGAUGAAUCUCUCUUUGGCGUGUUUGUUUGCAGACCUAGUUUACCUGUCAUCAGCUGCAGCAAGCGGUGCACCGGAGCUCGUAUGUACAAUAAUCGCUAUUUUAAUGCAUUAUUUCUCUCUGGUGUCCUUCACCUGGAUGUCAAUCAUCGCGUUUGAAACGUGGAGGACAUUUUCCUUAAUCCAAAUCCAGCCUAGAACUCUGACCAGAAGAGAAAGGUCCUAUCAUCUUUCACGAAGAAUUGCAGUGGGAUGGUUUCCUGCUACUGUUUUCGUCGCGGUGUGUGUAGCUCUUAACCAGUUCCACGCGGUCAUUUUUCGUUACGGUGCCACUUCCACUAACCUCUGCUGGAUAAAAAACCCAACUGCGAUUUUGUUUUGGUUCGCUCUGCCAACAGCCAUCGCAAUUUCAUUCAACACAGUAUUCUUUUUCUUAACUGUGAACGCUGUACGGAAAGCAAGCCAUCAACUGAGAGAGGCAACGAACUACACAAAGAAUCGCGUAACGGCGGUAGUGUAUGUUAAGAUUUUCAGUUUAAUGGGCUUCACAUGGAUUUUUGGCUUUUUGCAAUCGGUUCACAGGAACUUUGCAUACCCAUUUGUUAUAUUAACCUCCUUCACGGGACUGUAUGUAGCGCUAGCGUUUGUGUUCACACCAAAAAUCAAGAGUUUGUAUCACGCUAUAUUGUGCGCUAAUUCAAGAGUGACUCCUGUUACCCCAGAAGUAAAUAACGGUAAACUUAAAGAUGUAAGCUGAAAAACUUAUAAGUCAGAUUUAUGAUCUAAAAAAAAUUGUGAAGAUGGUAGAGAAUUACUAAUUUACUGUCACGCUUCACAUAUUGUGCCAUAUGGUAAAAAGA